AUCUGUGGAGAGUCGCCCUAUUCACAGAAGGAAUUAUUAUAUUUCUGAGGAAUGUAAUGAAUAAAUGCUAGAUGGAAAUAUUUAAUGUCAUACCAUGGAAUAUUUAAGGCAAACACAGUAAUUGCAUCUCCAUGGAGACAAGUAGGUAGCGGACCCUCUACUAGAAAAGUUCCACAGUAAAAUCUAAAUAAUAAUAAUACAGAAAUAAAAUCUAUACCAUGUAUCAAUGCAGCUGUGUUCUGAAUGCAGUGCUAUAGAACUGUAUUGACUUUCCCCGGGCACAGCACAGUUGGCACCCUUUCCCUCGGCAGAUCAGUUGGUGUUGCUUAUUUUGAGGCAGCACGGAGCAGUGGGGGUUGGCAAAGUUUGGGUGACGAGAGUGGACGGAUGCAGAGGGCGCUAACGAUUUUUCUAACUUUUUGGUGAGCUCGUCCGGACUGCAUGACCCGAGGAGAUUUAAGUCAUCAUCGGCAGUCCAUCCACGCUGCUGCUGCAAGUCAUAAUGGCAGAGUGAAGAUGGGAGACUGGAACAUCCUAGGGGGGAUUUUGGAGGAGGUGCAUAUCCAUUCCACGAUGGUAGGAAAGAUCUGGCUCACCAUCCUCUUCCUGUUCCGUAUGCUUGUGCUGGGGGUUGCAGCAGAGGACGUGUGGAAUGACGAGCAGAAAGACUUUAUAUGUAACACUGAACAGCCUGGGUGCAGAAACGUGUGCUAUGACCUGGCCUUCCCCAUCUCACUCAUCCGAUACUGGGUUCUGCAGGUCAUUUUUGUAUCUUCGCCCUCACUGGUUUACAUGGGCCAUGCUCUGUACAGGCUCCGUGCACUGGAGAAGGAGCGGCAGAAGAAGAAGGUCCUGUUGAAGAGAGAGCUGGAGUUGGUGGAUGUGGAGUCGGUGGAGACGAGGAAGAAGAUUGAGCGUGAGAUGAAGCAGGUGGACCAAAGUAGGCUGAACAAAGCUCCUCUGAGGGGCUCUCUGCUGCGCACAUAUGUGACCCACAUCGUCACACGCUCUGUGGUAGAGGUGCUCUUCAUGACAGGACAAUAUCUCCUCUAUGGUUUUCAUCUCCACCCACUCUUUAAAUGUGAGAGGAGUCCAUGUCCCAAUGCAGUGGACUGCUAUGUCUCCAGACCCACUGAGAAAAGCGUCUUCAUGGUCUUCAUGCAGUGCAUCGCAGCGAUUUCCCUUUCACUAAAUAUUCUUGAGAUUAUGCAUUUAGGCUACAAAAAGAUCAAGAGGGUGAUUUUAGACUUAUACCCAAGGUUCAGAAACAGCACAGAUGAACUUGAGGACUAUUUUGCGAGCAAAGGUAAAAAAGAAUCUGUAAUACAAAUGUACACCAGCUCAGCUAGAAAGGCAACUAUUGCCUCAGCUCCAAGUGACUACAACCUCCUGGAGAGGGUCCACGGCACCAUCAUGUAUCCCAGCCUCAUGAAAUCAUCAGCUUUCCUACCUCUACAACAAGAAGAUGGCUCUAAAUGUUCUGCCCACAGCCCCCCCCAGUGUGAGUGUACUGCCACUGCAGAUGAGCCCUGCUCUGCAUGCUAUGAUUUCCUGGUGACUCCAAAGCCAGAGGCUGAGGACUCCCUACAGGUAAUACAUCAUGUAAAGGACAACGAGAGCAGUGAGACAACCAGCCCUGAAGCUGCUAAACUCCCAGAGAAGAAAGUGGCUCACUCCUCCUCUUUCCCCACACUGCCAGCGAGCGCUGUGAGGAGGCCAGUCCGAGCGCACAGUUCUUUUAAAUUCUCUACAGUGUUGGAGGGCAGAAGCUCAGACACAGACUCAUAUGGUGGAGCCAAGGCCAGUAGCCUGCACACAUCUCCUCAGAUACACUCAGCACAACUGAAGGCCCAUAGUCCACAUUCUACCUCUGAGUCUCAGGACAACUCCAGCUCUGGCUCCAGACAUCACCCCAGACCCCCCUCCUCCAGCUGCAAGGCCUCCAUGGCAAGUACUUCAAGCAGCAGACGAGCACCAGAUCUGCAGAUCUAAAGACAGCAUCUACAGAACCUUUGUUUAUUUUCAGGGGUGUUACUAGGA